AUGCCAGCUUGCACAUUUUGUGGAAAACACGUACCGACUACCAGUGGCCUGAAGCGGCACAUCCAACGGACAAAGGACUGCCAUCAGCAAUGGCUCGCGAAGCUGAAGACCUUCACUAUUGCAGACUACGGCAACAAUGGGGAUAGCGACAAUGAAAGCGUAUACGAAGACGACUUACCUGAUGAACAGGCAUCGAGCAGUCACUCUACGACUGGGCUAGAUCAGCUCGGUAGUCCGCUCCUGCCUGUACCUCCCAAUAGCACCAUUGCAAGCAGCGCUGAUGGACUGCAUCCACCUGAACCAGAGGCGGAAGACAGCGAGCCAGUGACUGGGAGGGAGCGCUUUGUUGAGGGCUUUCCUGGGAUUGCUGGGCAAGGAUUGAGGCGGGAGGAAACGAGAUUUGACAAGCUUCGAAGGACGCAGGAGGAGCGGCGGCAAGCGGUUUGGGACCCUUUUGUAGACGAGGAGGAGUGGGAAUUGGCCCGUUGGUUGGCGAAGAACGUGGGGCAGAAUCAGAUAGAUGAAUUCCUGAAGCUGUCAAUAACGCGGAAUCGCACGAAGCCAUCCUACAAAAACAAGCAGAGUCUGAACGACAAGAUCGAUGCGUUACCUGCAACCGGCGCUCCAUGGGUACAAGAGAUCAUAACCAUUGCAGGUGAUCAGUUUGGAGAGGAUGGAAGGCUGAUGGAAGAAGAGGUGGAGCUAUGGUACCAGGACCCUGUAGAAUGCAUACACGAGUUAAUGGGGAAUCCCGCAUUCUCAGGAAAGCAGGCAUACGCACCGGAACGUGUAUAUGCUGAUGCUGCGGGGCGGAACCGGAUGUAUGAUGAAAUGUGGACAGGUGAUUGGUGGUGGGACGUACAGUCGAAGCUUCCUCCUGGCGCGACAGUAGCGCCGGUUAUUCUGGCUUCGGACAAGACCCAGUUAUCAAGGCAUCGGGGCGAUAAAGAGGCCUGGCCGGUAUAUCUAACAAUAGGGAACAUCGAGAAAGCAACUCGGCGGCUCCCUUCGUCACAUGCAAUGAUAUUGAUUGGAUACUUGCCUGUGGCAGAACUCGCCUGCAUCUCUGAGAAAGCAAGGUCGGCCGUCGGGUACAAACUAUACCACUUCUGCAUGCGGCGGAUUCUUGAAUCCCUUGUCAAAGCAGGUUCGGAGGGCGUUGAGAUGGUCUGCGCAGAUCGCUGGGUGCGAUUGGUGUUCCCGAUCUUGGCUGCGUACGUUGCAGAUCACCCCGAGCGCUGCUUAAUCGCAUGCUGCAAACAGAAUCGAUGCCCGCAGUGCCUCGUUGACGCAACGGAACUAGGGGAACUGCUUGACGGCUUACGCUAUCGUGAUGCUCAGCGGACCAAGAAGAUCCUCGAGCAUAAAGCUACUGGUCGCCGCGUUCGAGCCUACCUGGAGGAAGGUCUACGCCCUGUCGAUAAACCGUGUUGGACCGAUCUCCCGCACACCGAUAUCCACCGCUGCUUUAUGCCUGAUCUCCUCCAUCAGGUGCACAAGGGUAUCAUCAAAGACCAUCUUGUCCAGUGGUGCAUCCGCAUCGCGGGCAAAGAAGAAGUGGAUGCUCGCUUCAGUCGUAUGACCGAUCAUCCCGACAUUCGUCACUUCACGCAUGGUAUCUCGGGAAUCUCGCAGUGGACUGGGACCGAAUCCCGCGAGCUCAAAAAGGUGCUGAUAGGUGUGGUCAAUGGUGCAGUCCAGCCGGCUGUUGCCAAAGCAGCUCAAGCCCUGCUUGAUUUUUCGUAUUAUGCACAAUUUCACACCCACACUGACGAGACACUAGACUUGCUUCAAGCUGCUCUUCGUGAAUUCCAUGAAUAUAAGGAUAUCUUUCUUCAGUCUGGCACGAGGGACGAUUUCAACUUUCCAAAAAUGCAUGCGAUACUGCACUACAUCGACUCCAUCAGGUCCCGUGGGUCUGCAGACGGAUACAGCACCGAGCUUCCCGAACGCCUACAUAUCAACUUCGCCAAAGCUGCCUAUCGCGCCACGAACAAGCGGGAGAAUAGUGCGUUUACUACGUACUUGGAUUGGCGGCGUGCCGAAGCAGCAUCUGAACAAGUCGUCCCGGCGGAUAACGCAGAUUCGAACUCAGACGACGAAGACGAUACGCAGCCAGCAUCGGGUCAGCAGCCGUCCGGUCGCCUCAUCCUUCCUCGCAAGCCAACAUUUCCACAGAUGAAAUCUUCAGAGAUCAUUGAGGACCUCAAAGCAACCCAGUUUCUGCCUGCCCUAACUGAAUACCUGCAGAAAACCGGCCCUUCCAACCACCCAAUUCUCGCGCCGACUGUUGCGGACCGCUUCGAUGUGUACAAGCAAGUGAAAAUCCGGCGCCCCGACCUUCUUGUGCUAGAACCAAAUCAAGCAAGUGAUCGCAUUCGUGCAUCUCCCGCUUCAAAGGGAAGACCCGGUCGGUCUGGUACUCCCUCUCGUGCCGACACGGCACUCGUUCUGGCGAAUGAAGCCAGCAAUGUCUCUGAUUUGACCGCGCUUCGCGUUGCUCAGGUGCGAGUGAUCUUUGCACUACCUUCUCAUCUCAGAGUUUGCCCUCGAUAA